AUGGAGUGCCCAAUGGAUGCUACAGCAAGCAACCCCGCAGUGGUUACAGAAUUCCACAACAUAGUGAAUGAUGUGGCCCCACGUUCAACUUCGCCAGAUCGAGAACUGGACCUUGCGAAGCGUCAUUUCUCCGGAGAAGAAGCCGUAGGGCAAUUCCCCCUAACCGCGAGCCCGUCCAUUCUCCUCCAUGUGCUCUCAUCCUCUGAGCUGGAUCCUAAAGAUCUUGCUGCUUUGGAGGCUACAUGUAAAUUCUUCAGAAAUCCGGCAAAAUUCCCACCAGACUUGAAAUUACCACUUCCGGAACUUGCAGCAUUCGACAUGUGCCAGCAAAGGGCCAUGUUUAAGACGAUGAAACCAGAAGAGAAGGAGUGGCUGAAGCAAAGGUGCGGGGGCUCUUGGAAGCUUGUUCUUGGAUACAUUUUGGUCGGCGAGAAGAAUUGCCGCCGCGGGAAAUCUCAGGUCACUGCUGGACCAGGCCACAGCAUUGUUGUCACAACAAAUGGGGACGUAUACUCAUUUGGCAUGAAUUCCUCGGGCCAGCUUGGCCUUGGGGACACAGAAGACAAGUUCAAGCCAUGCCUUAUCAGGUCUCUGCAAGGCAUCAGGAUCACACAAGCUGCAGUUGGAUUGAAGCGAACAAUGCUUGUGAGCAACACGGGCAGUGUUUACGUAUUUGGAAUCGAGAGCUUUGGGGGGUAUAGUUUGAAUGGAACAGCUGCUACUGACUACGUUGACAGUCCCAAAGUAGUGGAGUCACUGAAGGGCAUCUUUGUAGUGCAAGCAACUAUAGGGGCCCUCUUCUCGGCGGUUCUGUCUAGAGAAGGCCGGGUUUAUACUUUCUCCUGGGGCCGCGACGACGAGAGGCUAGGCCAUCAAUCAGAUUACACCGAUGUCGAGCCCCGUCUUGUCUCUGGACCCCUUGAGAAUGUACUUGUUGCGCAGAUUUCUGCCGGCAGCUGUUACCUCCUUCUGUUAGCCUACCAGCCCACCGGAAUGUCAGUGUACUCUGUGGGCUGUGGUCAAGGAGGCAAGCUUGGGCAUGGGAACAAGAACAAUGAGGGUAUCCCUCAGCUGAUCGCACACUUUGGGGAAAUCAACGUAAGGCCAAUGUCAAUAUCAGCCGGUGCCUGGCACGCCACGGUCCUGAGCUGCGACGGGCGCGUGUUCACCUGGGGAUGGGGUCACUGUGGCUGUCUAGGACAUGGAGAUGUUCAAGAACGCAUGAUCCCGACGGCGGUGGAAACCUCCAAGGCUGUCCACGUUUCGGCUGGCCAAUACAGCACCUUUGUCAUCGCGGAUAAUGGCGAUGUCUAUUUCUUUGGGAGGGGAUCCUACGUCCUAGGCUGCCAGGACGACGAGGACGAGGCCAUGGCUCCCAAGUUAGUCACCUCACUCACCGGGCCAAAUGAAAGGUUUGUGCAGAUUAGCUCGACGAAUGCCUGGGAUUGGCACAACAACAUAACGGUGCCGUCUCACACAGUUGCCCUCACCGAAUCCGGCAAGCUGUACGCGUGUGGAGCGGGUAGCACGGGUCAGCUUGGUGUCAAGCUCGCCGAGGGCAAAGAAGGCAUGCCCCCUUUCCAGGUUGACGUCGAUCUCGCCUAG